GAGAGACGGUGAAGACGCUCCGGUGCUUCGUGUGCCCGGGAAGGAGGACCUGGAAGGCCAGAACGAUGAUCCAACUGUGACCAAGGUGGUUGACAGGCGCUGGUAUGAGAAGAACAAGCACAUAUAUCCCGCAAGUGUGUGGAAAGAGUUCAAGGUUGGUAAAGAAUUUGAAGAUUUGGCGAAGGGGAGGAGAGAUGCGCAGGGGAAUGCAUUCUUCUUCGGAUAGCCCAUGCGAACAGAACAAGCAUCAGCACCGAGUUGUUGGCAAGUCAAUAUCAAUCGAGGACAAAGUACUAUGGAUAAAAAGAAAUGCUUUGGUUUCAGAAAGCAUUUUUGGGCUCCUGCCUAUCCCCGUCGUUUCCGACGCCGUUUUCCGACAAUUCGGUUUAUGGACCUUCUUUCCACGCUUCGACGCCGGAUCUUCAUCCUCCCAAUGACCUAUUACUGCUUGCUCUGAAGAUCCCGUUUCGAUCUUCCGCUUGAGAACCAUGGAACAUCAACUCACAUGCAACAAUCAGCAUGGCGGACCGUGUCGAGCGAUUCUGAAGCGCGAAGCAGUCGUCACCACAUGCUCACACAUUUUCUGUCUGCCUUGCACGCAAAAUACCGGCCUCGCCGACGCACCACUUGAUCGGCGUCGCUGUCCUGCCUGCAACAGCACUCUUCCAAACCAAGACGAUGCUGUGAAGACCCGCUUGGACCCCUCCGAAGAGUACAAAACGAGCGUCCUCAGUGGACUCGACCCUUCAACGGUCCUUGAAUGCGCUGGAAGAGCAGUGGCUUUCUGGAGUUACCAGGUCACACAUGAAAUUGCUUACCAGCAGUUUGUGGCGAAGAAUCUGACGGAGAAAUACACCCACCUCAGUUCAACAAUGGACAAAGUGGUCCACGAGGCCAAUACUGAGAUUCAAGCAAUGCAGAAGAAGCUAGGAGACUCGACGGCUGAGCUUCAAGGUCUGCAGCAGAAACAUGACGAGCUCGCGGAUUACUACCGAGAGAAAAGCCGCAAGCUUGCCCAGAUGCAGAAGUUGUAUAACGCCCUCAAACAAAGAGCCCAGGCAGCAGAGAUGAUAGCUCCUGCUGCCUCGAAGGAUGUCGAGCAGACUUUGCAGUCGAUUGCCAGUGUACGACGGCCCGACGCUGGUUUUGCAAAGCCAGCUCCACGGCCAGAGAUUCAGCCAACAGUCCGGCCGUCGCUUUCCGAGAGAGGGAACCGGCCACUGGACGUCGGAUAUGGUGGUGUCGAGCCGCUGCAUCCUCACCAAAGAUCUGGCAGUAGUGCGAUGGCCGCUGCUCAGAGAGGGAUGCCAUCUACAGCCACACUUCCUGCGAAGCUCGCUACCGUUGGCAUCUCUGGCACUCCACUACAUCGAGCCACUUUACCGGGUCAGGCAAGGGCUGCCGUCAAUCGAUCUCAACUUCCGGUAACAGCUGGGAGAACUCAAUUCACCCAUGAGCAACGUAUACCAGGUUCUGCCCGGCCACAGCCCAUACAUAACAGCAAAGUGCCCGUAUCGACCAAUUACACUGGACUACUGCAAGGUAUCAAGAUAAGUCGGCCGGGUACAGCUGGAUCAGGGGAUAUGCAUCCAAAGUUUGAUUCAAAUACAAGCAAGUUCUACCAGAUGGUGCAGCAUUAGGGAGAACCAGAUACUGUAUGUGCGCGGUUAUUGCUUGCUCCCAUCGAAGCACAGCUUUCAUUACCGAGUUGUUCGAGAUAUGGGAUGGAUCAUUGGGGGAUUGAUUGGUUUUUCCACGUUGAUCAAGUACACUUCGUCGAGCUCGGCACGUUCUUAGCCCAUGAUUUUCGGCUAAGCAGCGUGACAUGAUCGGUUUGCCUAAAAAAACGCGUUUUCGAGUUCUUGUUGUGCUUGGUACGUCCACCUCUAUGUCUACACGUACUCAGUCGGUGCCCAAUAUCAAUCCAGACCCGCACCUGUACCCACCUACCCACCCUCAC